CGAGUGAGGCAUGACGUCCCCAGACGUGUGACAUCGCUGGCGUUCGUACGCGGGCAGUGCUGGCGGUCUUACUGUAUGAGGCAGGAGGGUUGUCGGGGGGGUGGGGGCAGGUCUUUAACUUUCUGUCCAUGUCCCUCAUUGUUCUGCUGCUGCUGACUCCGAUAAUUUGGCCACAAUUUCUACUCGCAGUCAGGAUGUGUGCGGUAUCCGCUUGGUAAGUCGCGUGACAUGCAGGGCACGGUAGCAGGACUGGUGCAGUCGUCACAAUCAGGCCCUUUGCAGUCUCCAAAUCAGCGUUUACGUGUAUUUUUAUUAUUUUCAUCAAUCGUAUUUGUUUUCAUCCUGCGUGGACCUUGGUCUCCGAUGAGUCUCUCAUCGUUUAGAGAAAGUUUCGGAAAUUGCUUUCGGUCUUUGGGAAGCCCUGGUUGGGGAAGUAAAUGAGCACAUAAAAAAAAAUCUCUUUUAAUCGCACAAUUUAUUUGUUAUCUUGGGAACCGUUAAUUUGCGCCUGCCACAGUACUGUUAGUCCAUCGCAUACCAGACGUCGCUAUUCCAGUAACCCCCACGCGUCACUCCGGUUUGAUCUCGCAAAGGGCUUUUAAAACGAAUGUAGUGACUCCCACCGCUUGGCGGACCCACAAUGUAACCCGUCGUUCCUUCCCCUCCUGCAAAUAAACUGGACCCAUGGCACGAAGGCCAAUUCCUCGGCACUCUCCAAGCGCCUCUCAAACGUAAAGGUGACGGUGCCUGCGCGUGUUUUGUCCCGCGCCUCCUGCUGCUGGUGGUGGUUUUAAAGACCCCCGCUUGAGAGCAUUCUAAAGAUUGCCUCUAGUGCAGUGGUUCUUGACCUUUACUGCAGUCUUGCACCUCUUGGCUUCUCAAUCGUAAAGAAAAAUGUAGAAUAUUAAUAAAUACGUAGGUUUGAUGAAACAAAGUAAGUUGUACUUACGUGCCCGUGCUUAAUUUGUGUUUGGAUGAUUUACCUAUAUAAAACAAAAAUCUGGCCGUGUCUCGCACCCCCAGAAAGGGCAUCUCUCACCCCCAGGGGAUGCGUGCACCCCAGGUUAAAAACCACCACCGCUCUAGAGGGUUGUUUUGCUCCUAGCUUUCUACACUGUACCAAUUAGUAUGUCUGGGAUGGACUCAAGCCAGGGGGAUUUAAGAAACGUCCACGACUUUGUCUUCGACCGCCGCGAUGUCCCGCACCUCCGACUCGCACGGUUUACUGCGUAUGGUGUGAAAGAAGUUCAACGUACAGACACACAUGCGGGUGAUUGAACCGGCGACCUCUGUAUUGCAGGUCUAGCGUGCUCGCCAUUGUACCAUGGCAGCAUGUAGAGACUGGACUAACCAUUUAUAUGAGUAAUGCAUUGCCCUACCCACCAUCGACCAUUCGGAAAAAAAAACUAAAAAGGGCGGGUUGGGGGGAGAAAAAAAGUUUCACCUCUGUUUUACAAGUGUGACGUUGGACGAGAGAUGUGAUGGGCGAAACCCGCCGUUAUCAUCGGCCGAUUGCUCCAACUGCCAAUAAACGACAAAAUCCGGCGACCGCUGCCACGGUUUUCUAUCGGCCCAUGUGACUCAUUAACAUAAAUUAAAAAAAACCCACCUUUGGCCGUCGAACGCUCGUGACUGCCUUGCUCCACACAGCCAGCUCGGCGCUCCACCCUUCCUCAUUCCCGCCGCUGCUGCCGACAGACUGGUUCCCCCGCCUUUCCCGUGGAGUGCAAGCGGCCGCGAGGCGGGAAGGGAAUGCCACCGGAGCCCUCGUUCUCCGGGAGAGGGUCCUUAUCUCUGGGCGUUUGCUCGUGAGGUUUCCGACGCUAGCCCGGGCCGCUCGAAUCGGAGGUGGCGUUUGUGCGUCCGGCCGUUCCGCCGCUGUGGCUGUAGUUUGCCGCCGCCGCCUCGUCGCAGCAGACAUGAGUGAAAACGGAGCGAGCGAUGUAAAGGAACUCAAGAGGGAGGACAGCGGCAAGAAGGAGGGCACGCUGACCCGGCACGGCGAGAAGACCGGCAACGUGGCAAACUUGGUGAACCGCAUGAGCGUCGUGGGUCUGCCCGUCGGCAUGCAAACCAUGCCCAAAACGUCCCGUCGCGGCUCUCGAAAAAAGGCUUUCAGGCUCCGAGGUCUCUCUUUCUUCUCCAGCUCAGGCUUGAGCGAGAAGGUGCGCAAGCGGCGCUGCCAGGUGGCCUUCAGCUACGUGGCGCAGAACGACGAUGAGCUGGACCUGGCUGUGGGCGACGUGGUGGACAUCAUCAAGGAGGUGGAGGAGGGCUGGUGGGAGGGCUCUCACAACGGACGCACCGGCGUCUUCCCCUCCAACUUCGUGAAGGAGGUGACGGAGGAGAGCGCCGAGCAGGAGAACGGAGAGUCGCCACCGCCCGCCGAGACCUCCGACUCCACCGACUCCGGCCAGAGGGACGGCGGUGGUGGAGUGGAGGGUGGCGGCGCCGGCGAGAUCCAGCCGAAGAAGAUCCGCGGCUUCGGCUUCGGGGACAUCUUCAAGGAGGGCAACGUGAAGCUGCGUCCCCGCGCCGCCGAGGACAGCGCCGACGGCGGAGACUGCAGCAAGGUGGCCGACAGGUCCAAUUUCCCCGGAAGCCACUCUUCCCUGACGAAGAAGAAGCAAGCACCGGUGCCCAACGUGGACCCCGCCUCCAAGCCCGAGCCUGAGGCCCGGCACAAAGCUCGGGAAUACUGCAAAGCGCUGUUCUCGUACGAAGCGCAGAACAAUGACGAGCUCUCGCUCAAGGAGGGCGAGCUGGUCGAGAUCAUCGCCAAGGACUGCGGGGACGCGGGCUGGUGGGAGGGGGAAGUGAACGGGAAGAGAGGCGUCUUCCCCGACAACUUCGUCAAGUUGCUGCCCGCCGAGGUGGAGAAAGAGCAGCGCUCAUCACCUAAAUUCCUCAGCAAACCUUCACUGAGAGUGGCCGAGGAUAAGCCCAAAAAGCCGCCUCUUCCAGCCACCCUCGUGAAGGUGAACCUAGGAGACAAGAAGGAUGUCCGCAAGGUCGUUCCAGACAAGCCUGAACGGCCCGAGCUCCCCUUCAAGCAGGAGGAGAAGGACGAGAGGCACCCGGACAUCCCCGCCAAGCCGGCUGCUCCGGCCAUCCCCCCCAAGCCGGCGGCUCCCAAGGGCCCCGCCGUCACCCGCAUCGGCUCCGGCGUGGGUCCCAAGCGGCCGGAGAAGCCCUCCACGCCCAUCUCCCCCGUGAGGCCUACCGGUGACUUGGUAGGAUUCUCCCACCCCAAGCUGGUUGAGCUGGACUCGUCCGACAAGAGCACAGACAGCGAGCUGGUGGGGUUCGACGUGGUGGUCCCCUCUCCCGAGAAGCUCAAUCACCCGACCACCAACCGGCCCAAGCACAAAGGCCGCCGGCCACCCAGCCAGUUCCCUGGCAAUGUCUUGUGGGAAAUGGAGAGCCCGUCGGCAGAAGGCGCCGUGUCUCGCUCGGACUCGGGCGAGGAAGCGGAAGAAAAGCAGCACCGCACCGCCGAGCAGCCGAACUCGUCGCAAACGGACAGCGGGCGUCCCAUUAGCAAGAUGCUGGAACCAAAGAAGAAGCCGCCGCUGGGCCUGGGCGCGACGGCGACGCCGGUGACUCCGCCAUCGUCGCAGGGGUCGCAGGGGGCGAGCGGAGGGGCGUCGUCCCCGCUUCCGCGGCCCCUGUCGACCAUCGUGAGCGAGGCGCUGAAUGCGCGGAGACAGCCGCCGUCCGGCGCGGAGCCACAGGGUGGCGGCGGUGGCAGCGGCGGCGGAGACGACCUGCAGGCGCAGGUGCGAGAGCUGCGCGAAGCCAUGGAGGCCAUGAAGAUUCAGCACAAGAGAGAAAUAUCGCAGCUGGUCAGCGAGCUGGAGGAGGAGAAGAAGCGGAGAGUUCAGCUUCAGGUGGAGGUGGAGAGGAUAAAAAAGCAGCUGCUGGUGAAGUGAGCGAGCACGCUGUGGAGGAAGUUCGACCUGAAGAGAGGGCCAGGGCCCGGCUGAAGAGAACGAGUCUGACAAAAAAAAAGAUCUAUCUUUAUUUUUUGUUUUUGAUUUUAUUAAUAUCGGACGUCAGCGAAUUUAAGUUCAUAUUUUUUUUUUAUUUUGUGAAUAUCUUUGUUUUCUCAAUCAAAGCUUGGUGACAUGGGGAGAUCUGAUUUCUAUGUAUGUACAAGUAUAUAAAUAUAUAUCUGGGUCUGGUGUAACCUUUUUCUGGGUUUAGAUGCAUAUUGUUACUGGAAUUUUCACUGUAAAUAAUCCCUGCCAUUGUGAGCCAAAAUGGCCUUAAAAUAUUAACCUAUGCUGCACCGCUGACUUGAAUUUUGCACUGUGCGCGCGCGUCUCUCUCACAAAGCAGGGUCAGGAAUUGGUUGAGUCAGGAAAAUUAUACGAAUCGCAUCAUCACAGUCUUCUGUCUCUCUCUCUCUCUCUCCAGCCAGAGCCCCUGCCCGCUCUUAAUUUCUCUUGAGAAACUAGGUGUGCUCAGCUCUGUUGCUGUCACCUCUUGUUCAGUCAGCCAGCCAGUCACCCACCCACCUCUGCUCUUACUUCUCGCGGGCCAAGCAGCUUUCCUGUAGCCAGCCGGGCACCCCUGCGUUCGUCUCCUAGGUCGCAACGGUGUCGUUUCCAUCCACUGCGGAGCGGGAGCUUGGCGUUCGCCGUGAAUGUGUCAACGUAUAUUCUUCGGUGGCGGUUUAUAUUUUUUUCGAGCUCCCGCGUUAAGGUUGGCCCGAAAGUGGCGCACGAGCUUGGCGUGGAGUUUAUUUUACAAGACGAAGACGACCACCACGGUCGUCGGUUGAGGUCGCCGCUGCGAGGUUUUGAAAGCACUGAAUGGCACUGGGACGUCGUGAGGAGACGAGUUACGAGUCCACUUGUGUACCGUGCGUGCGUGUCUACGCUCUUAAAUUUUCACGACUUGUAAAACACAAACUCCCGUCAUUCGAGCGUCUAAUGAUCUAUUUAAUGCUAUUUUAAUAAAAAUAACAAAAAGAAUCUAUAAACGAUGCCAAAUUAACGUUUCAAAGUAACAUCGACUGCACGAGAUUAUUUGUGACGUGCGGGGAUUUCUAUCGCGGCGUAGCCUACGUUUGAACUUUAGGGCCUCAUUUUCGGUCUCAAGCAAACACUGGAGCAGUUGUGAACGUCAGUACGACGAGGAUGCGACUUUAUAUUAAAGUGCUUCAGCCUGUAUAGACUGCUAUGACAGUACCGUAUUUGUUAACGCAUUAAAGGAAUUGUGAAUUGCACCACCAUCACCUUUCGUGCAAGUCGCCUUUGCAUCCGAACUUGGAAGAAAACAGUAAACCGUCAUCCCUAAAUACAGGGCCAACGUUUUCUGUCCAAGUUUGCUAUUCCUGAUAGCUCGUGUAACUCCUGGUGAUUUUUUUUUUAUAUCUCACCACCGAUGGUCACCCUGUGCUCCCGCGCAUGUGUUCAUGGUUGUGCCGUACACUCUCUCCGAUUGGUUUUUACUGUUUGACCGCACGUUGUCGGGCGUUUCAAGCCGGCGCUUCCGGUUAGCUUCUUCGCUGUAGUUCCUGAAGAACGUUCCCAGCUCGUCGAGCAGAACGUCAGACAUCGUGCCAAAAAUAACAUUGCGGCAACAACCCAAAAACACAUCGGAGAGCCACAUUUCGCUAAUCUGUGGCACGGGGAGAGAGAGAGAGAGAGGGCAGCAUUGCGCCAUGUUGAGCCAUCCAGUACACUUGGGCCAGAUUCACAAUUUGCCAAACGGCCGAUGCACCUCACCGUUACAUUUGACUGAGUGUGUUGGCAAUGGAGACAUCGGUACUUUAUUGGGCACCAUUUGGAUGAGAGGGGACAUUGGUAAGCGGGCGAAUCGGACCUGUGGCGCAAUAAUAAUAAUUAUGUCCGUGUGAAGAGGUUGUGUCUUGUAUGAUGGCCGUUUUGUUGAUACGACGUUGGGUGAUGGGUGCCCCAUUUCACUCUUGGUGUGUGCUCUUCUUCUCACGUUGCUGUAACUAGGAUCCACCUCCUCUCCCGGUUGCUUCAGGAUCGUCCUCUUGUUGAGGCAGCAGUACUGGGAAAUCUCUUUAAGUCUUCCCGAGACUUUAAAAGUCCCGGUUUUUGUUGUUAGUUCCUUAAUAGUAAUAAUACACCGCUCGAGAGAAUGCAUCUACAUGUGAUAUUGUGAGAUAUUCUUCCCAUGACAUGUCCCAGGUUUGUGGACCUCAGAUGUGGGGGCAACCCUUACUGGAACACGAACGCUGGCCAGACACGAAACAUCGCCGAGCCGCUGGGAAUCAUCAGCAGUCGCUGUUGUCGUUCAUGUUCGGUGCAUAUGUUGGAACGAUGAACGUUCCUUUGCACGAUCCUUUUUCAUCCACGUUUCUCAUCUUUGCUUUUAAGUGGUUGGCCCUGGGGAGGGAGGGGGGGAGGGCUUCACAAAUAUUUUUUUUUUAUCGUUCACUGGGGUGGACGUGGUGGCAGAGUUGGUUAACAAAUUGCACCGUAAACCUGGAAAUCUGAGUUUUGAUUUCCUGGCCAAUGGCUAACAUCGGUGGUGAGUGCUAAGAGCUAGCCCUGGGCCAAGCUUCACCAACCUGCAUUGGUUUACCAGCGUGGUGAAGUAUGGUCAAACGCCCAUGACUAAAGCGAAUUGGGGGGGGGGGUUGAGUGCUGUCAUGGCAGCAAUAGAUUGACACAGUGCUGGCAGUUAUUCCUAGUGCAUACGAAUAUUGUUAAAUAUGAAUGUUGACCAUUUUGGCUCAAUGAAACAAUAUAUUCCGAGUCUGGGAUGUUACCAGUUGCAAUGAAAUGCUUCCUAUUAAAAAAAAUAUACAAACUGCUUUAGAAAAACGUUAAAUAACGAUAGCUGCGUCGUCGUUGUCAGCAGACCGGAUUCAACGGCGCAAAAAACUUCCUCGGCUAUUUAGUUUGCAUCGGAGGUCUGGACGUAACUUUAGCUCAAGUUGUAGAAAAUACCCUCCCCUCACUACGUCGCUCCAUGGCCUUUAAACCAUCGUCAGUUCUUUUCCAGCAAGAAUAUCGUCCCGUCAUCCACCGUGCCCUCGCAACAAUGCAUGAAUGUUAACUAGCGGCGUGGCCGCUGUGUCGCUGGCCCCCCACCGUAGGUCGGCGCUACAGACUCGUAAGCCGCCGGUUACCUCGAGCAAUUACAAAGGGUGGGGGGAGGGGGGCAGGUGGGUGGGGGCAAGCAAUUGGGGCGCUAAUUACGCGUGCAGCAUUACACCCCCCCCCACACACCCCGCCGAACGGUACAGCAGCGCCGCCGUCGUUCGUUAGCCACGUGUUUUGCGGAUGUUUGUAAACAUUCACCGCGGCGUAGCAUCCACCGUGCGAAGGACUCGUUUAUAACCGCCCGGUUUCACGCGAACCUUUGGCGUUGUUUCGCCUCUCGACACGCGGACGGCGGGAGGCGAUGUGGUACCGUUUUGCGGCUGCGGUGGAAUCCACGCACAGCCGUUGUGUGUAAGCAAUGCACAGCGCGAUGAGCCGUGCUGGCUUCGGGAACGCACGGGCAGUGUGUGUGUGUGCGUGUGUGUGUGCGUGUGUGUGCGUGUGUGUGCGUGUGCGUGUGUGCGUGCGUGCGCGGAGCUGCGGUGCGAAGGGUUGCAAACUAACUCUGGCAGCCGGUUGUCUGGUUUCCUGCAAAAUAACCGCGUUGGUGGAGCACCUGGCGAUGUUAUCUUGGCGGUGGUGGAUUCUCGGGCGUGGGUGAUGGUGGUGGUCUUUUGCCUACACGCUCCCACGUUAACUUUAGUAAUCCCGUCUGCUCUGAGAAAGGUGAUCGCUACGGUGUAUAAUAAGGUUGUUGGGUUUUUUUUCUCGUGUGUUCGUGACAAUCCACUGGGGUAUGCCAGCCACCGCACAAGCAAGGGGGUUGGCGUGCGUCUUUUUGCAUCGUUUUAAUUUUUUCUUUUUUUUCCAUUUUUUUUCCAUUUUUUUUUUCCAUUUGUUCCCCGCGUUCUGUUUGGUUGCCGUCUGGCCGUGGUCGUUCCUUGGAAUCUUCUAUUUUCGUGCUUGGGUAUUAACGGGUUUCCGCGCAUCAUGGAUCGAUUUUUUUAAUUAACGUAACCUUUCUUGUUUAUUUGUUUCCUCUGGCAUGGGUUCUACGACAACAAAAAAAGGCAGCCAAAACCUCGCGGAAAAAAAAAACUCGUCCGUCAAGGCAUUCGCACUUUCUAGGUGUCGGGUAAAUGGACCAAACACAAACGCGGAGCUGCGGAAGCCGUUGGCUUUGUCAGGCACGUGUCACUCCGAGCAGCUCACUUCACCUGCGGCGACACGGUGGCUAGGAGAUGUUAACUAUCUUGCCUGGUAUACAGGAGGUCGUGGGUUCGAACCUGACCCUUACGCCUGCUGUAUAUUUGGAGUUUGCGUGUUCUAUCCCCGUGGUCGCGUGGAUUUUUAUCUUGCGCCCCUCCCCCCACCCUCGCUCCACAUUUAUAAUCGACAUGACGUUGAGAAGUAUUUGGCUGACAUGAAUUUCCACACGUUGAUAAACCGCUUGGUUGAGCUAUCAUUUGUGUUCGCCAGGUCGCUUCUGAAACGGAGAGAGCUGUGUAGAUCGGUGGACCCUUACCUAGUAAAAUACAAAAAAAAUAGUUUUUUUUAAUAGUCCGCUUUAACCUCUGUCUCCGUGGAACAUCCUCGCGGUUUUGUAGAAGGAAGUCGCUCCGCCAAUCGCUCGCUGGAAUUGCUCGAUAGAUAAAGGGGGGGGGGCACAGCGUUGGCAGUGGGAACCCCGCUUCUGUUCCCCACGCACAGCGCCCGCCCCCCUAUCCACCCCCCCCCCCCCGCGUGAUUUUGGCACUUGCAAAAAUAAAAGCAUUACAAGUUGUCACGUGUGGGUUUGGUAACUCGUUUCCGCUUGCGUUUUCGCAGCGCGCGUGCACGCCGCCCCCUCCCCCCAGUUUUUGUUUAAUUUAUUUCCAGCGGAAGUGCGACUGCCUUGGCCGUGUUAUAAUUUUUUGCGAUCCAGUCGUGUGUGUGUGUGCGCGUGAGAAACAAUUUGCUAAGGAAGCCGCUAACGACGCACGCGCGUGGCUCCAAUGGUUGCCGCUGUAAAUAUUCACGGGGGGGGGAGGGAUGGCGAUGCGGUGGCACGCGGACACGUGCCGCUUUCGAGAGUCACCGGUGCAUGCCAUGUAAUAUAUUAUCAUCAUCAUGUGUACGUGUGCUUCAGCCUGUGUGUGUGUUCACCUAUCCAGUGCAACCCGCUGUUUACACGUGCAUGUUUUGGGCUGAGCACAGUUUUGGGGGGGGGGGAGUGGGGGUGGUGUUCCACUGGGGCACAUUCGAUGGGUGGACACAGUGACCAAAUGCGCCGAUAUAACCCAGUCUGUGUACGCGCGCGCACACACGCACGCACGCGCACAUACGGACGCGCGUACUUUUACAAAUGCGGCUGAUUAGACCCGCAAUCUCAUCGUCUGGACCAAUGCUUGUGUGUGUGUGUUGUGUGUUUUGUACGCAUCCGUCAUUGUGCGCGCACGCUUAUCGCGCUCCGUUGUGAGCGUUAUACCGCGCUGUACGAGGACACAUUGGGAUGUUGUCGAAUCGGCCAGAAUAAUGUCAACGUGGUGGUUUGUGUGUGUGUUUUUUUUUAGGGAGGGGGUGGGGGGUUGCAAGCGUCGGCACAGGUAAUCAAAAAGAAAAAAAAUUGAGGUCAAAGUUCAAGUUGAUUUAGUUUAACCCGGUGGGAAUGCUGGGGGAUGAGCGUGACCUGGGGGGGGGGGGUAACUAAAAUUACCAACUCCGAAAUAAAUCGACUAAAAUACAGCAAUGAAUCGAAUACAAAUCGGGGAAAAAAACAACUACCGCAUGACAAAUCCGAAAUGCCGCACGAGCACAUUUCGAUAUUACAACAUUCCAUUUCGUCGUCGGCUCGUGCCGAUUAUUCCUAGACGGAUCGUGGAACAACAACAAUGAAGUUACAGAUCUAUUAAAACAGAUGCAGGGUGCACCUGUACCCAAAUGUAAACGAUGUCAUAUGCAAUUGCAAGUGAAGUGAUCAUCAAGAAUCGAAAGUUCAGUUGUGAUCCAGCUUGGGGUAGUCACUAAGGACGUUUUAAGCAGUGGAACUCCCGAGUGUUUGGGGUAGAGUGAGUGAAGGCACAUUCGACAACGUGCAUUGUGUCCCACGCAUAAACAGCACGCACUCAUGGCAGUUCAAAACAAAGUGUAAGGCACGUGUACUGGUAUUGUGUACACACACACACGUGUACUGGUGUGGUGUACACACACACGUGUACUGGUGUGGUGUGUGUAUAUAUAUACACCACACGUACUGGUAUGGUGCAUAUACCCAUGUACUGGUGUGGUGUGUGUAUACACACAGAUGUACUGCGUGUCGUGUAUCGUUGCGAGUCCAUGGAGUCUUUAGCAAUGGGGCCUCGCUGUCAUGGGCAAAUCACGUGAGCCAUUGAGCGGUGUAAUGACUUUCGGUGGUGGGUACGUUUAAAGACGAAACUAACACUGUUACCCUGGACCUAAACGGAGUAUGUACAUGUUUACACAGCGUGUACAAACUAUAUACAGGGUGUUUCAAAAACAAUGUUAACACUUAUAUGGGACUCUCGUUUUUAAUGGAAAAAGAACGGAUAAUACUCUGUAACAUGAUCACAAGUGGAUGUUAAUAGCUUCAAAAAGUCAUUCUCCACUUGUUCGUCAUCGUUGUCAACGCGUGGCCUGGAAUCUUCUCCAGCUGGUCUCCAGAGCCCGGAAGCAGCAGCGCAUUUCUUGUGACAUUGUUGCAAAUUAUCAGAAGUGUUAAACAAAAACGUUGAUGCACCCUGUUUAUAUCCAUGCGCUUAAUGCCGGUCAUGCGGUUUUGUGUCGAGGCGUUCACGUGGCUGACCAUAAAACACAUUCGAUGUUUUUUUGGUGAGUGCCACACGAUACACCACUCUAUACACACAUCGAUUACUGGUUAAACUAUAAUUACCAGAUUGGAAAUAGUUUUGUCGUCUUCUUACACGGUCAUGAGUUACAUUACCAAUAACCAGAUAUAACCGCCACCACCGUUGCACGUUUAAAUCAACGUUUUCGUUAAAUUGAGAGAUGCAAUGCUUUGCCCAAAAAUUGUGCACAAACGUAUUUGAUUCUGGGCGCUAUUGGUUUUUGCUUAUUGGUCAGUGCUGCAGAGCGCAAAUGGUCCGGUCUACCGAUGCAGUACUCAAAUCAGUCGGACGCGCACACGAAGGGAACGGUGGACCGACCUUCAGGAGGGAGUCGUAUUCGCAAAGCAAUUCCCUCGAAUUUAGCACAAAAAAAGAAACGUUUGUCCUGUAACGGGCACAACCGCGUAGGCUUUCGCGGUUGUGCCGUUACAGCGUUUGUUGACGCGUGUCGUUCGGCUGCAUGUCCGACGUUUCGCUGCUCGGUUGCCGACAGCUGCCGGCACGUGCGGGGAACGAAACGUCGUGUGACAUCGUGUAGCCAACAACGCGCCCCCUCUUACGAACGGGAGACGACGUCGGAGAGAGAGAGCGCGACUCGAGUCUUAAACGCUUUCACAACGUCCACGUGCGCUUUGAAAGUGCUUCGCGCGUGUUUCGUGACAGCGCCGCUGUAUUUGGCAACGACAAAAUUGGGGAACCAAACACACCGCGGGGUUGGUUGCACGCUGGGGUAGGGGUUUUGUUGUUGUUUUGUUGCACGCAAUGCAACUUGCAGAUAACGACCAUCACGCAGUAGCAAUAUAAAGCCACGCACGCACGCACGCGUUCUGAAGUGGCAACAGCAGCGUCUUGUGUCAUGCCGUGCUCGCGCGCCCGUGUGUAUAUUAUUGACGCUCACCUCACUUAACGAGUGUAAUUAAUACCGACGAUUAAUUCAGAGAAGAAAAAAACUCCUAACAAAAAGCCAAAAAAAAAGCCAGCAGACACGAGUAGUUGCACGGACGUGGUGGGAGCUCCGGGUUUUGUCUCUUCUGGGAGCUUUUGAAAUGGGCUACAAUGAUCUUAUAUUUUUUAAAUAAAUAAAGAGUGUAUAUGUAUUCAA